AUGGAUUAUGAACGAGAUGUUCUUCUGUGGUAUCUUGGUACUGUCGCUGACAAUGCCCGUUACCCGCCAGACUUGAGAGACAAGGCUACCCACAUCAUCGUUUCCUUCAUGCGCCACAGAAACGCUUACAGACUCCUGGCUCAGGCUACUGAAUUGGCCAGAGGAGAGCUAGUAAUGUAUCCCUUUCAGCAGAUCGGUAACAUUCCUAGAAACAUUGGGCUCCCUGUCCGGCGUUUCGGCCAAAACAUUCGUGCAAUUACGACUGCUUUUGGCAUUAUCCCAACCAAUGCGGACUACGAAGGUCAUCCAAUCGAGCUCAUCAGCAUCCUUGAUCCCGCUGUUGAGGCAAACAUGAAUGACAACCAGAGACUUGAGUUCCACCGCGCACUUCUUGUUAAGGAACGACAGGCAAAUGCCGAUCUCGCGAGAUCCGUUCAGCGUUACGGUUACCACUACAUCUUUAGAGCCGGUCUUCAGCAGUACUACAUGACCAAAACUGUCGUGGAGAUGCUCAACUUCUGGACUCCGGAUCCUCGUGGUAAUGCCUAUCGUGUUCGUGUUCAGCGCAUCUGCUAUGCAGCCAUCGAGACACGUCUUCGACUCAACAAUCUCGAGAAGACGCUCCUCAUCAGAACGACUCGCUCUCUGCCUAAUGAUGCGUUACGCUUCUGGGCUUGGAUUGAGAGAAACCGGGUGGCUUACAACGCGAUGAAAGCUUGUAUUCUGCUGCUGAAUCGUCUGAACUCUUCAUAG